CGCAUUGGAUUCAGAGCACUGAUCGAGUACCGUGAUUCUGUGAUGACUAUCCCAGCGUGCCAUGCGCAGCUCAGACCUCCGUUCCAAUCAACCAAGCAGCAUCCAAAUUCCGAUUCUGCAUCCCAUCGCUGUCCAAGGCAAUCUGCAUCUCUCACUUCCCUCCUUUCCCCUGAUGCCGAAUCAGGUUCCCUGUGCUUGUACUUGCUUGCAUCAUCGCUAACUAUUCGCCUGACCAUCCUCACACAACCAUAUUCUCUGAUAUGCUGGUAGCAAUAGUGUAGUCAGUCGCUAAAAGCACGGACAGCUCGCUCGCGGACGGUGGGCGCGAUGUCCCUCCUCGCGGCCGUCGACAUCCCUACCCCGUCGACUACUGCGGCUUCGGAAAAAGCCAGCAGCGUUCCGUUCAGCGGAGACAACGAUUGCGAUUCGGCAAGCCAUCUUACACCUCGCAUCGCAUCGCCUGUUGCAAUUGAAGCCGUCACAGAUGCUGGUCGGGAUGAUAGCCAGCGAGACAGAACCGCUGCAAUGCUCUUGCCUUCGGUCAAGGUCAAGCACCAAGUCGAUCUUGGCAGUGUUUUGAACGAUAUAGCCUCGUCCCCGAACGUCACCCUUGCACCUUUGACAAAGGCGGCCGCCUCUUCUGUCCGCACGCCAGAGCCCAACACAGUGACAUCUUCGAUGUCUGACAGCUUCAGUCGCGAUGCCAGCCUGAGCGAUAUCAGUAGAAGCAGCAGCUACCUCUCUUCCAUGUCGGCGUCGACAACGCCCAGCACGGUGAGUUUGAGUGCAAGCUCAAGCACAACUGCUGCUAGUGUGAUUAGCACGCCGAGUAGCGCCAGCGCCCAUGUCGAUGGGCCGUGCAAAGCGCCUGUGGGAGCAAGAUCAGACCAUAACGUGGUCCAGCGUGCUUCGGCUAUGCUACAGCAAAGAAUCUUUUCGCCAGGGCACGAUGCUGCUGCUGUUCAUGCCGCAGCGAUGGGAGGCCAGGAAAAGGAAGCUUGCAGUCCGAAUGCAUCCCUUUUUUCGCAGCUCGCCGAUGCAGUCGACACCGCAGCUGCGCAGGCGGUGAUGCGACUCUCUUUGUCUCGACCUCUCUCCCCCCGUUCACUGCCUCUAGACGAGCUUCCUGCUAUUACUGCGCUAGCAGAAGAUACGUCCGUGCUGGCCUCGUUGUCCCUAUGCAAGUCUGACGAGGACGGUGGAAGAACAAUCAAGCCGCCUAGUCGACCUCGCCUCAUGCCACAUCCCCGGGCUGACACGACCAGUAGUGACGACAGCGACAGCGUAGUCGAGAAUAGGGAUAAAUACCCUGUCAGAUGUGCAGGGACGCCUCCCUAUCGUCACAUGAUCUCCCCAGCCGUGACGCGCAGCAACUUUAGACACGAGCUCCUGUCACCAGCACGCAUUCUGUCUAAAUCUGCACGGUCAUCAGUUGGAUCGUCCACCACAGCAGCAGCACCAGAAAGCACGCCGGCCAGUCUGCCUCAGAAUCGGCUUCGGCCAAAGCUACUCUCCCCACAGCGUAGCGUGCUGGACCGCCACCGGCAGAGCCCAAGCACAACAAGCUCCCAUGUGCACGGUCUCGACGGAGCCGAAAGCAGCGCGUCCUCCGCGAUGAUGACUGAGAGCACCCACUUUGAGCUCGACGUAGACAGUGCGUUCGGACCGCGCAAGCACUACAUUACGCCAGACCGUGAGCGUCGCCGUCUGAGGAAGCAGCUUCCUGUCAAACCCAUCGCGAAUGCUGUCAGCCGCAGCUGGGCACCAUCACGCUCGCACUCGAGAUCUGGAACGAACGCGAGUGCGCGAGAGAGCAAUAUCAGCGAUGAUAGCAGCAGCAAUAGCAGCGUCGUCUUCCAACGAGAUACUUCCAUGUCCUCCCGGCCCUCCUCGAGCGCGUCGUUCGCCUAUCAGCAACGCCUUAACCCGUGGCCGGCAACCAUGUCGCGCUCAAGCACGUUCCCGCUGCCGUACAUCUCUACUACACCGGGAGAUACGAUUAGCAGCACGCGCCACUCGUUUGAAGACUCAGCCUCUUUUGCUUCUGCACAGAGCAACUAUCUCAGUCUCGCCGCUUUGCCACACGAUCAGUCGAGGCGCCCCUCCACAGUAAGCACAGUCUACGCUUCCGCUACGGAGGGCCGAGACGUGGCCGUCGACACCGUGGCUCACGCAGCCCAGAGUGUAUCUGGCCUCAGUCCUCGCACUAUCACGCACUCGCCCAGUAAUUACUCUUCAAACCAGACGACAUGGUCCUGCGCAGCCACUACGCACGUUAGCCACAGCCACAGUCACAGCUAUCGAGCACGGCCAGGAGAUUUAUCUGCUGUGCUACAAGCACCGGUCUCGGCACCAGUGGCCGCGUCGCAGCUCUCUAAUUGGACCAUCCUCGUCAGACCCUUCAGCGGUACUGCUGCUGGCCAACCGGAUGACUCGGCGCUGAGCAGCAUGAUGCUGCCGCUAUGCCCGAGCGCAGAAGAACAACGCAACUGUCUGGCGGACGAGCUUGGGCUGACGAAGGAGGUUGCACAGAAGACUCGCUUCUUACUCAAGCACGAAGCAUUGUCGUCAUCUGCAGUUGGAGUCAUCGUGACGGCGCCAAGUUGGCCUGUCCUAUUCUCACCCUUCGCAACGUUAACGCCCGGAUCUGCUGCUGCGAUGCCACCACAUGCAUCCCCCCUGCAUGAGUUAGCGCGCAGAACCGGCUUGCCCAUCGCUGCCGUUCUAGAGUAUAUUCUUCCACCCACGCCGCCAGCUGAACAACAGGAGCAUGCGCUGCUGAUAUCGCAUAUACCAAUGUUACCGUCUAAGCCAACGUCCAUGUUACAGCGUCCUGAUUGCAGCACAACGAGCGCGCCGGCUGUUCAAGUCGCGCCUGACGCUGUGCAGUGUGCCAAUUCGUCCGUCGCAGCGCGUGUAGCCGCGCAGACGAUCGAUGAUGCACAGCGUCUGCUCAAGAAUGCGGACAUCUUCCGUUGGGUCGAAGACGCAAGUCACGCAAACAGUCCUGUUGGCCAUGACACGUCGACAGACACUUGCGGCGAUGAGCACGAUAGCACGUACAGCAUCCGACAUGGUUUUGGCCUCGCUUCGCAGCAAGAGCAUGCGUGGCACGAUUCGGAAGAGCGUCGACGCAAGUAUGAUGACACGACAUCACCCAGGAGUGUUAGUGACAGUGAAGGCGAUGAUGGUGAUGAUGAUGGUUAUCAUCAUCGCCUUCAGACGGGCGCAUCCGCAGCACAUCUCAGCGGUCUAGGCAUCCACGAAGCGGGCGACUCCAAGUCAUCAUGCUGUGAUAUCGAAGAUGCUCAGAUUCUGCACGGACAGAAGCGCCUCGUAGCACGCAAACCCGUUCCUUCGCUUACGAUUGAUGUUCAAGCUACGCGUCACGUAGGACUGCCUGCUCUUCUGGCAGAAAAUGUCUCGCCUUUCCCUAACAAAGCGCCGCUCCCUAGCCGACCCGCAAGCACACUGGUGGUCCGUCCAUCCAUACUAGACAGCGAUCGGCAUCUCAUGCGGCGAAGAGCCGUCAGCGCAUUGCCGCCCUUGCGUCCCAGUGUCGACGUCGGAACACUGUUAAGCGGACAUCAAACAGACGGUGCUGGCCUGCUAGGCACUAGUAACGAGCACAAGUGGAACGAAGCUUGGGAAACCGCUCUCGAGCACGUCUACGACGAGCUCAUCGCCCAAUUCCGCACCCUUGGUCAUGUGCCAACGAAAGCGGUGCCACCGGACAAUGAACCCGAUGCGCUUGGCAUGCCUGGCUUGUUCUAUGAUAACUGGGCAGACGAGCAGGAUGUCGAAAUAGAUGGUUCGCUCGGCGUGCCUGUUUCAACGCUCAACUCCCGUCGACCGUCCGCCUUGAAAGGGUUGGUCUUGCCAAGUAGCCCCGGUGCCUACUCAAGAUGUCGCAAAACAGGCGAGGAGCUUUCUUCGUCAUCCACCAUCCUGUUGAGGUCACCGCCGCUAGAGCGAUCCUGCAGUCUCGCCACACUGGUCUCGCCCAAAGCAUAUCACCAUGCCGGUCUAGACCAGCAGAGACAGUGCUCAGGCGAAUCAGGAGAGGUGCAGUCAUCACCUGCCGACUUCUCCCCUCCGAUGCGCCGAUGCAGUUCAGACCUUCUCGGUCAAACCCCUUGGUCCUUCGCUGAUGCUUUGCCAGGUGCAUCACAUCUCGACCUUCGCACAUACUUAGAAGGCCGUCUGAAAAGCGUUCAAAAAGCAGAUCAUUCAUCUUGCAGUAACGAAGUUGGCGGCACGGGCCUCGGAAUCACAACUUUGCAUAGCUUGAUGAUCUCCAAACUGCAAAGGCCAAGGACAGCAACAUGGAGCUUCCCCUCGAAUACCGAGCCCAGACGCGGGAGCGCAAAACUCACUCUUUUUCCUCCAACCUCUACCGCCUCAAUCCUACAUAGCCUACCAUCCUUUCGAUAUCCAACAAAUCUACGUACAGCCGUCGCAAGUCCACCACUUUAGCAUCGUUUGGCAAGCACGCGCUCCCAUCACCUUCAUUCAAACUCAUCACAUUUCCCCUCUCUGGAGCCGCUUGAGCAACACUUGACUGCUUACCAGUUUCGUCCACUGUCCUUUCUUGGCCAUCGGCCUUUCGUAUGAGAACACUCAAGUCCUCAAUCACAAUCAGCAGGUAUCAGCAUUUCCACAUUCACAAGCAUGACCACGGUCCUGAUAUCUCGCUAUUGCCAUAUUCUUCGAUUCCCGUUCAUUCUUCUUGACUGUCGCUGUCAAUUUAAGCAACCACCAAAUACAUUACCAUUGAAUGCCAUG